GCAAACACCUGAAGCUAUCCGGGAUUGAUAUUGAGGCCAAGGCUUAUAGUUGUGGUGGUCCACUGCUGCGAUCGGAUAUUGUUGGACGUACACGAAUGUCCUAUACACUCAAAGAAUUGCCUCAAGUUAUACUGCAGAUGAGUCUCCGGCACUGGACCAGACCGACAAACUAAAGGUUCAUCAUGCCGAUCCAGUUUUCUAAAAGUCGCAUCCUUGGAGUUGUCCUAUUGACAUCUUUUAUGGUGUUUGCAAUGUUCAAAUGGACCAAUCUCAAGAACGUCCAGGUUGUCUAUAUGAGUACUGGUGGUUCGGGGAAAAGCAUACAAGCGCCUGUCGCCUCAGUAAACACUGUGGUGAUAUCAAAACCCUCUACACAAGGACAACCUAUGCCCACUUCACAGGUGUUGAAAACGUUGGACAGAGCACAGCUGUCACAGAUAUACCACAACUAUGUGAACAGCGUUCAGAUGUCAUGCAAGAAGGUGGCCAGGCGUGGCAACGCCGGCGACGGUGGCUGGAAUGUUUGUGAAGACCCUCCCUACGAAAUCAAGACACCCUGCAAUAUUUAUUCCUUUGGGAUCAACAACGACUGGAGUUUCGACGAUGCGGUUGCUACAACAUACGGCUGCCAGGUGCACUCGUAUGACCCCAGCAUGACAAAAGUGAAAGAUCACGACAGAAAACCCAACCUGCACUUCCACCGGACAGGCCUCAACAUAUCUGACGAAACGAACAAAAUGGGCUGGCGCAUGCGCACUUUCAGCUCCAUCUUGAAGGAAAAUGGCCACUCGCAGGCUGUGAUCGAUCUACUGAAGAUUGAUAUUGACUAUUCGGAAUGGUGGGCAUUUCCUGAAAUGUUAAAAAGUGGAGCUCUGAAAAAUGUGAAACAGUUUUGUUUUGAGAUUCACGUCAAGCUGAACGGUCAGCCAGAGCCGGACAUAGACAAGUACUUGAAAGGUCUGGAGCUGCUGAGAGACUUCUACAAUGCAGGUUUUAGGAUAUUCCUUACGAAUAAAAAUAUGGACGCUAAAUACAAGUCAGUAUUUGGCAUGGAGCGAACAGGUUGUCAUGAGAUUUACAUGGUACGCAGCGACACACAGACAUUUGGAUAAAGGGUUAGUGUGCAAGGUAAUUUGGUGUUGCAAAAAUAUGCAUUGAAUGUCUGGAUAAAGGGUUAGUGUGCAAGGUAAUUUGGUGUUGUAAAAAUAUGCAAUUGAAAAUGCUUUUAUCCAGCGGCUGCAUUUUGAUCAAAAAAGAGGCAUGGUAAUUUUCUUAGUAGAUUGAAAACAAAUAUAUAUGCCAUCGACAAAAAUUUGUAGUUUCACCAUUUGUGAGUAAUCUGCUGUUAAAUGGGAUUUGUCUCAAAGACUGCCUGUUGUUUUUGUUAUCAAAUCGUAUUUCAUCCUCCAACCAAAAAUAUUGCUCAGCUAAAGUUCUGACUGAUGACACAGAUGCAAUAACCAAUAUAUAUUCUGCAGUAAAUGAUAUUAUUGUUUUAUACAGAGACGGUGUCUUAUUUUGUAGUACACCGUCUCUAACUUCGGGAGCAGUCUAUCAUGUAAAGAAUCACACAUUCGGUGAUUGUGGGUAAAUUGCACGAGUCAUAGGCACCAUACAGGAAUCAACGUUUCUACAAAAAAAACUGCACAGUUCUCAUAUCAUCCCCCGCCCCAACGAAGCGUGCGUGCGUGCGUCCCGAAAUCGUUUCUGGAGCAUACAUCAGAAACCGUUAAAUAUUUCUCUUUGAAACCUUGCAUGUCUAUCAGCUGAACUGGUGUCUUUUGCAGUUUAUGAAUUUUAGAAAUUUGUAUUUUUUACGUUUCCAUGUAAGUUAGACUUAGGUUCUAUAAGGGUGGUAUUCGUUUCCGGAACGUAACUCAAAAACCGUUAGACACUUCCUCACAAAACUUUGCAUGUCUACUAGGCACAUCCCGAACUGGUGCCUUUUGAUAUUUAGAACUUUAAGAAAUUUUUAGUUUUUACGUUUCCAUAGCAACAAGUUGGAUUCAAGUUUUAAUAUAGGGUGGGUUCACUUAUGGGGUAUAACAAAUAAACUCUUAAAUAUUUCCUUGCCAAACAUUACUGAACUGGUGCCAUUUGAUAUUAAGGAGUUUUAGAAAUGUUAAUUUUAGAAUUUCCAUUGCAGCUAUUUUGACACGGACUAAGAGAAAUGUUGGGUCAGUUACCUGGUUUGGGACCAUAACGACGGAGUCGUGUUAAAAUGGGCGGGGGAUAUAGAUGACUUCGUCGACUAUACGCUUGUUUUACUUAAAUUGGGAUUAUGAUUACCCUUCUGAAUUGUAAUCUUCAGUGGAACAUGGAUUCCAACAUUAUGAAUGCAUUGCAGUUAACAAUGGAAACCAUGCUUUUCUACAGACAAAUGCGCACAUAUUUUGCUUACAUUUUGUUUAUGAUUGCCUUUUACAAUUUAUUAAACCAUGUAGUUAUGCCACGACAUACCGUUGUGGGGUUUAAUGUUUGAAUACUCAUUUGAAUGUACUUUGAAUCGUGUGAAAUGAAUGUUGUUUGACCUAUGUUCAACUAACAUUAUUUUUGGAAUAUUCUGUUUUAUUACAUCACACAUCUCACCAGUGAAGAUCCGGGUUAGAAUAGGUCUUCAGCAACCCGUGCCUUUCCCAAGAGGUAACUAACGGGAUCGGGUGGUCAGGCUCGCUGACUUGGUUGAUACAUGUCAUCGCUUCCCAAUUGCCUAGGUCGAUGAUCAUGAUGUCAAUCACUGGAUUGUCUGGUUCAGACUCGAUUUUUUUCACAGUCCGCCGUCAUGUAGGUGGAAUAUUGCUGUGUGCGGCGUUAAACAACAAACAAACAAAUAUCUCAACAAAAUAUCAAAAUAUCUCAACAUUCCAUAGAGUAUCAUGCAAAUAUGUGCCUUGCCAUUCCAAAUUUUAUUUUUAUGGCAUUUGUUUUCCUCAUUUUAUUAUUGGUUGUUUUACUAUAUAUAUAUGUACCCCAAAUUGGAUUGAAAUUUCAAUGGCCUCUGCGAACAUGUGAUAUAGGUUCUCGUGUCUCUGGUGACACUGGCGUGAGUAUUUUUAGAUGAUAAUAAGAUUCGGGUAUGUGAGCAUUUUCACAGUACAUAUUUUGUUGUAUUAUCGUUUGAUGUGAAUUCCCUAAACCUACUUAACCUCAACUCAAAUAUCUGAGAGACGACUAAAUGGGGGUCGGGUGGGCAGUCUCCGGGACUUUCAAGGCUGUUUGACACCGACGGCGUGGACCGUUCGUCAUGCUAUCAACUUGACUAUAUACAGGCUGCCCUAUUGGUGGGAUACUGCUCAAGAGUUGGUAGAUGCGGCGUCAAAAGACAAAAUACCCUCCAAAAACCUACAUGUGUCUUAGAGCUGUAUGUGAUCUCGUGUUGGGAAUAAGUGAUGCAGGUGUGCAUUUGAAAUCAGUAUGGCGCAGAAUCAGAGGGAAUUCUACGAUUCCGCGAUGGCGGAAAGUUUUGAAGAAAAUCAUUCGUGACCAACUCGUGUUAUUCCGGGACAAGCCGAAUAGCGGUCUUCUUGUGAGUUACGGAAAGGGGCGAGUGGUGACGAAUGGAAGAAAAUGUGACUUAUGGCCGAAUUUUAUUAGAUUGAAUAUUUCAUAAAUCAAUACUCUAUUUUUCAAUAUUUUCAAGCUUUCUAUCGCAUUUGGCACUUGAAUGAUGCCCAAAAUUUAACAUGCGAUCCAAACAUGCGAAAAAUGAAUCCUAAAUAAAACGAAAUUCAAAAUGAAUAAUUGUCACUUUUUAACGUUCAUGUGGUAUCAUGACUACAUGAAGCUGGCAUGCUAAACUAACCAUAAAAGUCUAAAUGCAAGAGAAUAAAAUUUGUAAAGAAAAGAGAAGAGUUCAUUUUUGAGGCGGAAAUGGUUUUGUUUUUACGGCAGACGUUUCGUACUUUUACAGAAAGAAUAACGUUGGACUGGAUUGUUCCGGUUUUAGAUUAGAAGACACGAUGUUAAGGAAUGAGUUAUGUUAUUUCAUUGUGAAGACAACUCGAUGUGAAAGGGUUGGAUGAAGUUAUCAUAUUGUGAAGACUUUACUCGGUGUAAAUGAGUUGGAUGAUGUUAAUAUAUUGUGAAGAAUGUACUCGAUGUGAUGGAAUGGAUGAUGUUCUUUCAUUGUGAAACUUACUCGAAGUAAUAAGGGUUUGGUGUUGUUAUUUUAUUGUAUAUAGAUUUUAUUGUGAAGACUGUAUUCGAUGUGAAAAGGUUGGAUGAUAUCAUGCGUAUCAUAGACCAGAUUUACAUGUUCUUCCAUGACUCCAUUAGGUACAGACUAUUUUUUUUCGAGGCGAACGAAUCAGCUGCAAAACCAGAUAUGUUUUCAAGUAAGACUACGAGCCUAAAUAUUUAAAACAAACAAGCUUGCAAGAAUGUGUUUUUUGUGGCAGACAAGCUUAAUUUUAAUUUUCAAGCAAAUACUGGAACAUUUUUAAAAUAAAAUAAAUAAAUAAAAUCCCAGGCUUCUCACAGAAUAUGAAAUGGUCGGUCCUAACAUGUCUGUGAUUAUUUCAGCAGAUUUCGUGGUCUCUUUUAUAUCUAUUUUUCUAUCACUAAUACCUCGGCACUCGCACUAGAUAAUAUAACAAUCAUUAGAUCUUGACAACAAAAUAUACACUUGGCAUUAUGGUUAACACAACGCCUUUAUGUUCGUAUGUCUGAGUGUUUGUGUAUCGUUUGAAAAUACGUGACGUCAGUUUAUGUCUCAUGUUGAUGCUGCUGAAACAUUGGUACAAGUACUGAUUCAUAUCAUAUGCAUAUAUCAUAACCAAUUAAAAGAGUUAUCAGUAUGUAUGGAGAAGUUACAGUUAGUUUUCUGUAUUCCAAUACAUAAACAUUGUAUGUUACUUUGUGAAUGUUUUAUGUGACCAUAAAUAUCAAACGAUGCUGAACUCAUUUCCGGGGAUACAAUCGUACAACGCACGUCUCGACCAAAAGCACAAAUAGCAGCUCUGCAUCAGGUGAUGUCUCGCAUUAGCGACUGGCAUCGGUCGUUAUUCUAGGCUACGGGAACAAAGAGCGCGUGAGAUAGUUUGGUUUAACACCGCUUUGAAGAGUAUUCAAGUCAGUUUAAUGUGGAAUGAAAGCCCGAAGUGAUGCCGGUCUCUGAUGUGUACCAAUAUGGUGAAACCCACGAGCACGGACGUGGAGCUGACAAACCGAGACACAUAAUCGGGGCGAACCGGGAUUCGAACCCACGAGCAUAGGUUUCUGACGUGUCCAAGGGACGCAACUCUGCACAGCGAAUGGAGCGCCUUAGACGACUGGGCCACCCGUGCCCCCAGGGGAACAAAAAUAUACUGCUGUUCAAAGAAAUACUGUUUGUAUCUACAUUAUGUAUCUCGUUAAUCAUGCUUAACUUGAUAUAUAAAUAUUUUUUUUAUAUAGUAAAGCGCUAUUGAGACUGCUGGUGCUAUCAAAACUGUAAUUUCAAGAUUUACCGAAAGCAGUUCAUGCGAUUAACGAGUCUGUCCCAAAAAUAAUUGCAGGCAAACUAAUAAAUUCAAUAGUGUUUUUUUUCUGACGAUUUUUUUCAAUCGUGUUUGUAACCAUCCCUCUCACCCAUAUUGGGGAUUUUGCGCAAUGAAUAAUGUUUGUCAUGGAAGAAUUGGGUAUGUUUUCAAUUUAGAACUGUUCUAUGUUGAUUGCCCAUGGGUUAGCGGUGUCAUUGUGUUUAUCUCCAAAUGGUGCGAUUAUAUUUUGUCUGCUUGAUCUGAUGUUGAUUUAGGUAAUGUUGAAUAAAAACUAAGGUUUUC